UAUCGGACGAAAGGUAUACAUCGCGUGAGGAGCGAUAGCGCAUCAGUAUGGAGCGGACGUGACAAAACAAAGGUGCGGUAAAGAUGUAUAGUCGUAAUACGACGUUUAUCGUACUUGCGUUAUUUCUAACAUUAUUUUGCGACACUACAUCGUCGGAAUGCACGCAACUGGGUCCUUGUAUCUGUUCGCUGCCGGACGGCCACUAUUACGAUUUGACAGGCCUCGCCGACGAAGAACCAUUCCAAGACACUACAAAUAAGUUGACUGCAUACUUUCAUCCAUGUACCAAUGUUGAAAUAAAAACGGAAAUAAACAAUACUGUAUGUGCCAAUGGAGAUAAAGUAUCGGUGUGCAUGCUUGAUAUGAAUACAAAUAAAACACAAAGUCUUGGAACGAUAAAGGAAACACAAAUGAAAUUCUCGAGUGACUAUAAAACUCCAUUUUUUGAAAUACAUCAUGAUAACAUUACAACAGUGAUAAAUAUUGUUUGCUUUACCGGUAGCGAAACAAAAUUAAAAAUAGAAUCUAUAAUUCCUUCCACAAAUAAAUAUAAUUUUAUGCUGAUAUCACCAUAUGGAUGUAAAAUUGAAUCACACAACAAAGGAUUAUCCACUGGUUCAGUAUUACUUAUCCUUUUCUUUACUGGUGCUGGAGUAUAUUUUAUUGGUGGUAUGAUAACAUUGAGAAUAUUGAGGGGAGCGACAGGUUGGGAAAUGUUGCCAAAUCAUGCUUUUUGGACCAAGCUUCCUUCGCUAGUCAGAGAUGGCAUUGUCUUCACCUUUAAUUGUUGUCGAGCAGAUAGUUAUGAAAGAAUAUAAGAUUAUUUUUGUGAAACAAA